UCCGACUUGAAAGAAGCCCCAUUCUCCUUUAUUUUUAUUUAACUCCAUUUGCUCAUCUUCUCUUCCCCCUCUCUAUCAUCAUCAUACCCUAUUUAUCUAUUCAAUGUCAGUACUGCACCAUAAUUGCCCUUUCUUCUUCUUCUUCCAUGGCUGCUGAACUAGGCCUUCAAUACUCUUUGGUUCAUCGGAACGACAAGGGACGGAAUCUGGAGGGUUUAAACCCUAUGCAAACGCCUGAGGUGGUUGUCGAUGACGACGACUCGUGGGAAGUCAGAGCUUUUGCUGAGGACACGGCUAAUGUCAUGGGAACUACUUGGCCUCCUAGGUCUUACACUUGCACUUAUUGUAGGAGAGAGUUCAAGUCUGCCCAAGCCCUAGGUGGUCAUAUGAAUGUUCACCGCCGCGAUCGAGCUCGGCUCCACCAAGCCCCGGCCAACCCUAUCAAACCCUCUUCCUCUUCUCCAUCCUCCAGUAGUUCUUUUAUCAUCCCAACUCCUGAUUUUAAUGGUGGGGGGCUAUGCCUUCUCUACCAAUUCCCAAACCCUAAUAGUAGCGGUGGGAUGAUGAUCAAUAGGCCUACGACUUUAAAUGCUUAUAUUCACUCACCCUCUUCUCUUUUCUCCAUGUCCCAUCAUUCCUUCAACCACUUGAUGCCCUCAACCUUGCCACCCUCGGGUUUCCCAGCGAACGACCACGACCACCGUGCCGCUACUGGAUCAAGUAGUACUAAUUUCUCAGCAAUAUCUAUGGAAAAUGGGAACCAAGAGCUUGAUCUAGAGCUGAGGCUUGGACAUGGCCCUUCAGCUACAACUCUAAUUGGAAAAGGGAGAGAAGAUCUGUAAUGUGGAAGCUGAAUAUU